UUCGUAGGAAGUAUUAUUUAAUUAAGAAUAAUUUGAAAGAACAGUUCAGCUGAGAAACUGCAUUUACUAGAAACACUAAGUAAUGGUAAGUGGAAAAGGCAUGCAAUUUGUCAGCCUUCUAUGUUAUCUUUCUGAAAUACAUCCAUAGCUUAUCGAUGUCUGCCCUAGAUUGUUUUCAGCGGUCUCUGAGGUCAUCAUGCCCAAAGAGCUUUAUUCCCUUGCCGUACAAUGCUGUGAAUAGUCCUUAGCAGUUGGACUCAGUUAAGAAAUCCCUCAGAGCUUUCAACCAACCGUUCAAAGCCAGCAUCCUUUGUCUGUCCCUUCUCUGGACAAGGGCAACUGCCAGCUCCCUUUGCUUGGGUACCCCACUCCCUCCCACCUCCAUCCAUCACAUGAUGCAGAUCACUUCCCAGAUGUGAGUCUUUUGUUCUUCCUCCUUUCACAAGUCUUUAAGAGUACAUCAGCUAUUUGGAGGCUAGCUGGGUCUAAACCACAAACCCCACCCUGAGAAAAGCAUCCUGAUUCCAUGACACUGGCAGUAGGGAAGCAAAACCUGCCUGCUUAGAAUUACUGGACUAAAACUCCUUGCAUCCAAAAGCCUCUUCAAGAGUUGAUUAUAAUUUAAAGACCGAUUUCAAACCGGCAAGGGGAGGACUACUCUAAGUUGUUCUGACAUCCAGUGGAAGCUGGCAGCAGGAGGCAAAGUCCAUAAUUCCAGAAACAGGCUUGGGGAGAAUACAAAAAUAGAACACAUUCACUCCAUGGAAGGAGGAGAAAAGACUUCACCUUGACUUGAAUGGAGACCUCCUUUGGGAAGCAAUGAGUUUCCAAUAACCUGUGGCGUGGCUUUUUUUAAUCUGGAAAAUACUCAACCCCAGGGCUUGCCAUUCUACUUGGCUUCUGAAACUCCUGCAAGCCGAUGUGGACUACAGGUAGAAUGAGCAAUGCAAAGAGCUGGCUUGGACUUGGCACAUCCUUGUACUUCUGGGCACUGAUGGACCUUGCGACCACCGUUCUGUCCAGCACUCCGAUGCCGGAAGUCGAGUUAGAUACACUCUUCUCAGGAAAGCCACAGUCACAUCAGCGGAGCAGGAGGAGCUGGGUUUGGAACCAAUUUUUUGUCCUGGAAGAGUACACUGGGACUGACCCUCUGUAUGUCGGCAAGCUUCAUUCAGACAUGGACAGGGGAGAUGGAUCCAUCAAAUACAUCCUUUCAGGAGAAGGAGCAGGGAUCGUGUUUACCAUUGAUGACACCACUGGAGACAUCCAUGCCAUUCAGAGGCUUGAUCGAGAGGAAAGAGCCCAAUAUACUCUAAGAGCUCAAGCCCUAGACAGGAGAACAGGCCGGCCAAUGGAGCCAGAAUCAGAGUUUAUUAUCAAAAUUCAAGAUAUCAAUGACAACGAGCCCAAGUUCCUGGAUGGACCUUACGUUGCCACUGUGCCAGAAAUGUCACCAGUAGGUACCUCUGUUAUCCAAGUGACAGCCACAGAUGCUGAUGACCCAACCUAUGGCAACAGUGCCCGAGUUGUGUACAGCAUUCUCCAGGGCCAGCCAUAUUUUUCUGUGGACUCCAAAACAGGUGUAAUCAGAACAGCGCUCAUGAACAUGGACAGAGAAGCCAAGGAAUACUAUGAAGUGAUUAUCCAAGCCAAGGAUAUGGGGGGUCAACUUGGAGGAUUGGCUGGGACCACAACAGUCAACAUCACACUCUCAGAUGUCAAUGAUAACCCACCCCGGUUUCCACAGAAACAUUAUCAGAUGAGUGUGCUGGAGUCCGCUCCUGUUAGCUCGACUGUGGGGAGAGUGUUUGCCAAAGACCUGGACGAAGGCAUCAAUGCAGAAAUGAAGUACACCAUUGUGGAUGGAGAUGGUGCAGACGCUUUUGAUAUCAAUACAGACCCGAACUUCCAAGUUGGCAUCAUAACUGUGAAGAAGCCUUUGAGUUUUGAAAGCAAGAAAAGCUACACCCUGAAGGUGGAAGGAUCCAAUCCUCACGUAGAGAUGCGUUUUCUGAACCUUGGCCCAUUUCAGGACACAACAACAGUGCACAUCAGUGUGGAGGAUGUGGACGAGCCCCCUGUGUUUGAGCCCGGCUUUUAUUUUGUGGAGGUGCCAGAGGAUGUGACAAUUGGAACAACCAUACAGAUCAUUUCUGCCAAGGACCCAGACGUGACCAACAACUCAAUCAGAUACUCCAUUGACAGAGGCAGCGACCCUGGAAGAUUUUUCUAUGUUGACAUUACAACAGGUGCUCUAAUGACUGCAAGACCACUAGACAGAGAAGAGUUUUCUUGGCAUAAUAUAACUGUUCUUGCUAUGGAAAUGAACAACCCCUCCCAAGUGGGAAGUGUUGCUGUCACAAUCAAAGUCCUAGAUGUGAAUGACAAUGCUCCAGAGUUUCCCAGAUUCUAUGAAGCUUUCAUCUGUGAAAAUGCCAAAGCGGGACAGCUGAUCCAGACAGUGAGUGCUGUGGAUCAAGAUGACCCUCACAAUGGUCAACAUUUCUACUACAGUUUGGCUCCUGAGGCUGCUAACAACCCCAACUUCACUGUCAGGGACAACCAAGAUAAUACCGCUCGCAUUCUGACCAGGAGGUCCGGCUUCCGACAGCAGGAGCAGAGCGUCUUCUACCUGCCCAUCCUCAUAGCAGACAGCGGCCAGCCGGUCCUCAGCAGCACCGGCACACUUACCAUUCAAGUGUGCAGCUGCAGUGACGAUGGCCACGUCAUGUCCUGCAGCCCAGAGGCAUAUAUGCUCCCAGUCAGUUUGAGUCGGGGUGCCCUCAUCGCCAUCCUGGCCUGCGUCUUUGUUCUCUUAGUAUUGGUGCUGCUCAUCCUGUCCAUGAGGCGCCACCGAAAACAACCCUACAUCAUCGACGACGACGAGAACAUCCACGAGAACAUUGUGCGCUAUGACGACGAGGGGGGAGGCGAAGAGGACACAGAGGCCUUCGACAUCGCCGCCAUGUGGAACCCGCGCGAGGCGCAGGCGGGCGCCGCCCCGAAGACGCGGCAGGACAUGCUCCCCGAGAUCGAGAGCCUCUCCCGCUACGUGCCUCAGACGUGCGCGGUCAGCAGCACGGUCCACAGCUACGUGCUGGCCAAGCUCUACGAGGCCGACAUGGACCUGUGGGCCCCGCCCUUCGAUUCCCUGCAGACCUACAUGUUUGAGGGGGACGGCUCCGUGGCCGGCUCGCUCAGCUCGCUUCAGUCAGCCACCUCGGACUCAGAGCAGAGCUUUGAUUUCCUCACGGACUGGGGACCUCGCUUCCGGAAACUGGCAGAACUCUACGGGGCGUCGGAGGGGCCCUCGCCCUUGUGGUGACAGAAGCCCGGAGGCCAAGGUGCACCCAAAUCCAGACGUUCUCAAACGCUGCUUCUCGUCCAUGAGGCGCGGCCACCACAGGAGCAAUAUUGUGCUGGACAGUGAGGAUGGGAGUGAGUGGACCCAACAGAGCUCUCUCUGGAUCAGCUUUACUUGGUUAGACGAAAUUAAAUAAUCAGAAGGAAACCCAGAAGAAGAGGGCAGAAUCCCCAAUUAUCUUUUUAAUUUGCUUUUUGACACUGUAUUCACAGGUUUGAAGUAUUAAAGCUUGGCUUUUUUGUUUGUUUA